GGAGAAAGAGGAAAUGGGUUCUUUUGGAAUGCUAGCUAGAAGAGCUGUUCUUACAGAAACACCUGUUAUGGUUCAGAUUCAAGAAUUGGUACGAGGUCUUAAAGAUUGUGUUUCUUUAGCUCAGGGAGUAGUGUACUGGCAACCACCUGCGCAAGCACUUGAAAAGGUGAAAGAAAUUAUCUGGGAACCUUCAGUUAGUCGCUAUGGUGCCGAUGAGGGCCUUCCUGAGCUCAGGGAGGCGUUGAAACAAAAGUUGGGUCGUGAAAAUAACCUACAUAAAUCCUCAGUGAUGGUUACUUCUGGUGCAAAUCAGGCUUUUGUAAAUGUCGUUCUCGCACUGUGUGAUGCUGGUGAUUCGGUUGUCAUGUUUGCACCAUACUAUUUCAAUGCAUACAUGUCAUUCCAGAUGACGGGUGUUACCGAUAUUCUGGUGGGUUCUGUUGAUGCAAAGACACUCCAGCCUGAUGCAGACUGGUUGGAGAGUACUCUAAAGAAUACUGUACCAACCCCAAAGCUUGUCACUGUUGUUAAUCCCGGCAAUCCGUCAGGAACAUAUAUCCCUGAGUCCCUUCUUAAGAGGAUAUCUGAUAUUUGUAAGGAAGCGGGAUGUUGGCUCGUAGUUGAUAACACAUAUGAGUAUUUCAUGUAUGAUGAUAGGAAGCAUGUUUGCGUAGAAGCAAACCACAUUGUAAACAUCUUUUCCUUCUCUAAAGCAUAUGGGAUGAUGGGAUGGAGAGUUGGAUAUAUAGCAUACCCAUCGGAAGUGGACGGGCUCGCAGCUCAACUCCUUAAAGUUCAGGACAACAUACCUAUUUGUGCUUCGAUAAUCUCACAACGACUGGCUCUUUACUCAAUGGAAGUGGGACCAGAAUGGGUAGCUGAUCAAGUAAAAAACCUCGUCAAGAACAGAGAUGUACUUCUAGAAGCUCUCUCUCCUUUGGGAGAGGAAGCUGUUAAAGGGGGAGAAGGUGCCCUUUACCUGUGGGUAAAGCUGCCCGAUAAGUACGCGGACGACGUUAAAGUAGUUCACUGGCUAGCUAAGAGGCAUGGAGUAGUCCUGAUCCCCGGCAGUUCCUGCGGCUGUCCAGGUUUUGUUAGAAUCUCCUUCGGAGGAUUGAUUGAAAAGGACACUAUAACAGCUGCAAAAAGGCUCAGAAAAGGUUUGGAAGAGCUGUUAGAUAGUGGAAUGGAUUCAUGAUUUUGUCAAGAGUAAAGUUUAGUAGCAGCUGGUUCUCCUGGACUGAUCAGUCAUCAACAAAUACAAUGGAAGACACUUUCUAUCCUUAAUAAUCGAAGGGGUUUUAAGCUUUGCAACUUGAUCAUUUGAAAAUGCAAGCUAAAACUUGCUAUUCUGUAUAGUUUGAAAUGAAGUAUUUAUAGAUACCUAAUUUUCUUGAAUGAAUGAUGGAAGUGUCUCAUUUAUCUCUCA